UGUGUGACGCCACGCGUUCGUCACGGGGCGCGUCGGUGCCGAGAACACCGGACAUGAUCAGUCUGCGUUUCAUUACAGAAUAUUGACUCUGGAAUGACUCAAACCUGGGCUUCAAAAUACCAAACUUGACUCGAGUGGGCAUGCGGUCUGCGAGCCCUAAAACAGUAACACCAAUAUCCGCUGCAAGCUCUGCGCAGACUGUGUACCAGUGAGCUGUUCCAUUCUGUUCCAUUCUCCGAUCGAUCGAGACUACGCAGGUUACAGCACGCCGAUCUCAAAUCACUCAUAAAGGAGACAAUGGCCGGCACAUCAAGAUUGUUCCGCCUCGAGGAACACGAUUAUCCUCGACUGCAUGAUCUUCUCUCGCCUUUCCUCCCGGAGUCCAUCACGAUUCUGGGAUGGUUCGAACAACAUAGGGAUGCCCCACCAGUACCGCCGAUCUGGGCAUCGUUCUCAGUAGCUGAACCAGCGCCGCCGCUCCUCGCACUGUUCGUGCUGGGCACAGAAAUCGCUGGAUACCAAUCGCGACUGUUCUGUUCUGCGGAAGCGUCACCCGGCCAGCCCACGCCAGAACAAGAGACCUUCGUCGCGUCGUUCGUGGAGGCCAGUCUGCGCGCUGCGUUUGAGUACAUCGCGGAGACAAGCCGGACGGGAGCGUUCACCAGGGAAUCCGGCCUCAUAAUUGGCUCCAUCCACGAGAAAUGGCAUGACUGUCUCCGCGCACUCCCCUACGCAGGAAGCCACUCUCCGUGUCGCAAGGUGGUACUACCGCCCUCAGCAGCACGAGCCUUUGCGGAGGGUGCGAGCGACGCGAGGUUGCCUCCAGGUGCGCGAGUGACGCAAUUGCGGAACGGAGAUCUGGAGACGGUUAUGAGUUACAACAAGAUCGCGCGCACCACGGCUUACGUGAAGAGCAGAAUGGAGCAGUCUGUGUGCAUUCGUGCGCCAGGUCCGGAUGGCGAGGAGGUGCCUGUGGCAUGGACAGUCGUGCAUGCGGACUCGAGUAUCGGCCAGCUCCAUGUCAUCGAAGCUUUUCAGCGUCGCGGGCUCGGUAGCGAGCUCGUGCGUCGGAUCGUCGGGCUGCGGUUGGCAAAGGCAGAGGAGUGGAUCGUGGAUCAUCCGGAUGAACCGAAGGAUAUGACGAACGGAUGGAAUGUGGUAGACGUGGUGGAAGGGAACCAGGAGGGAGCUGGAUUCUACGGACGCUUAGAGGGAUGGGAGCAGGCUUGGCUGUGUUCUUGGACAAUGUUCACCGCACCGCCAUCAAUAUGACGAGCUGGUAAUAUCCUUUGAGCAUGUACAGAUGAAUUAAAUUGAGUAAGUACUGCAUACGCAGCUCUCAGGAUCAGUUGGAACGGCCGA